AAAUAUAUGGAAAAAUUCGCAUCGGAUUGUUUAGCCGCUCAAACCUUAGCGAAUAGCGUAUAUUUUAUUUUGUUGAUAACUGUCGUAGCGAUCAUAUCAAUGAUUGGAAUAAUUGUACAAAUUAUCAUUAUGAAAAAAUAUGUUAUAUGUAUGGCAAUUCAUGAAAAUACUCGAAUACUUCUCGUUGCUCAUCAGAUUUAUCUAAUUUUACAUUGCGUAGCAAGAAUUGUUGCCCAUACAGCCGAUCUCAUUGUUUUCCAUUGGAAUUAUCACGAUCCAUGUAUGUAUUUAUCAACGCCAUUAAGAUGUUUUAUCAUUCGAACACCAAUUACGUUUACAUUCUAUUCGAUACCGUGUUCGAUAUUAGUAUUAACCGCCGAAAGAGCUAUUGGAACUUAUCAGUCAGCAAAAUAUGAACGAAUGGGUCGAUCAUUGGCAUACAUUUUGAUUUUCAUCGAUAUUUUUCUGCCAGCUGCUUUAGUAGUAUUUACUUUAUAUGGCUUAGAUACCUUUGGAACUACAAAAAGUCGAAUAUAUUGCUCUUCAGUUGAGAAAAAUAAUUUGAAACGAGGCAACUUCGCAGCAGUAAUUCUAUUUCUAAUCGAAAUCGGCUCAGUUUUCUUGCUUCGUUUAUUAUUACACAUAAAUAUGCGAAUACGCCAAAAUCGGAUCGAAAUUGAUUUAUCACAACGCUAUCAGUUGAAGGAAAAUAUUACUUCGAUUACUACUAUUGCACCAUUGAUUUUGUGUCAUUCGAUUUUCUAUUCGAUCUUUUUAUUAGCUUUUAUCAUUUAUUUUGUAAUAAAGCCAGCUUUUUCACAGGAUGGUUUUGCCAUUUUUCUUGAAAGUGGGUGUUCAAUUAACGCCAGUUUAUUCAUUAUUAUUUGCGUUUGUGCUGGUUUAUACGGAACAACGCUACCGAUCGCUGAUAUGUGUCUUAAGGAUUUUUUGAGGACGUGCGCCAUUUCAGGGACGGACUUGGAAGGACAUAGAGGGAUCCACUGGCAUGCUGUUUCGAAUAAGGAUAAACCAUCAGAUUGGAAAUAUUUUAGCGAAAUAUAA